GGCGCUGCGCGGGAGCUCGUUGGCUCCCGGUCCUCCCCACCCCCUGGCCGCCCUCGCACCCACUGGAGCCUGGGCUCUGUUGAGGGUAAGCCUCAUUCAUUCAUUCCCUUGGCGCUGGUGCAGCCGGGCUUCACUCUCCCUACCCUGCACGCUCUCUGCCCUGGCUGCCGAAGGCCCCUGCCCGCCAUCUAAUGAUACACUCUGCAUACGCUUCUGUUGAGAAUUUGUGGGUAGACAUUCCUGUGGGGCCAGGAAUCCAAAUUCUUGGGUACAAACAGAAAGUUACUUUCCUUGGGGAUUUUUUUUCUCUCUCUCUCUCUUGCUCACACACAAACACUCUCGUGUUCUUUCCUUUUUUCUUUUUCGUAGCAGUAGGGGGAAAAAGGAGACAAGACCAAAAACAAAAACAAAAACCAAAAAAACAAAAAGCAACAACCUCCCCCACCCCCCCUUAUUUUCAAAAGUAGCUAGGAAAAAAUAAAAGGACAGCCAACCCCAUCCAUCCCACCCCAAUCCCCUGAAGGGCUGAAUUCUCGCCUUCCUCAGAGCGGGGCAUGGCAUCGAACAGCAUCUUUGAUUCCUUCCCGACCUACUCGCCGACCUUCAUCCGCGACCCGAGCACCAGCCGCCGCUUCACACCUCCCUCCACGGCCUUCUCCUGCGGCGGCGGCGGCGGCGGCGGCGGCGGCAAGAUGGGUGAGAACAGCGGCGCGCUGAGCGCUCCGGCGGCCGUGGCCCCCGGCGGGCGCGCCCGGCCCGAGGUGCGCUCGGUGGUGGACGUGCUGGCAGACCACGCGGGCGAGCUCGUGCGCACCGACAGCCCCAACUUCCUUUGCUCCGUGCUGCCCUCGCACUGGCGCUGCAACAAGACGCUGCCCGUCGCCUUCAAGGUGGUGGCUCUGGGGGACGUGCCAGAUGGGACGGUGGUGACCGUGAUGGCAGGCAAUGAUGAGAACUACUCGGCGGAACUGCGCAACGCCUCGGCCGUCAUGAAGAACCAGGUGGCCAGGUUCAAUGACCUUCGAUUUGUGGGCCGCAGCGGGCGAGGGAAGAGCUUCACCCUGACCAUCACCGUGUUCACCAACCCUACCCAAGUAGCCACCUACCACCGAGCCAUCAAGGUGACCGUGGAUGGACCGCGGGAGCCCAGACGGCAUCGGCAGAAGCUGGAGGACCAGACCAAGAUGUUCCCUGACCGCUUCGGGGACCUGGAGCGACUGCGCAUGCGGGUGACUCCGAGCACACCCAGCCCCCGCGGCUCGCUCAGCACCACGGGCCACUUCAGCAGCCAGCCCCAGACACCCAUGCAAGGCACCCCGGACCUGAACCCGUUCUCUGACCCCCGCCAGUUUGACCGUUCCUUCUCAGCCCUGCCGACCCUCACAGAAAGCCGCUUCCCAGACCCGAGGAUGCACUACCCAGGGGCCAUGUCGGCUGCCUUCCCCUACAGCACCACGCCCUCGGGCACCAACAUCAGCAGCCUUGGAGUGGCAGGCAUGUCGGCCACCAGCCGCUUCCACCACACCUACCUCCCACCGCCCUACCCUGGCGCCCCGCAGAACCAGAGUGGGCCCUUCCAGGCCAACCCGUCCCCCUACCACCUCUACUACGGCGCGUCCUCCGGCUCCUACCAGUUCUCCAUGGUGGCCGGCAGCAGCAGCGGGGGCGACCGCUCACCCACCCGCAUGCUGGCCUCCUGCACCAGCAGUGCCUCCUCCGUUGCCACCGGCAACCUCAUGAACCCCAGCCUAGGUGGCCAGAGCGACAGCGUGGAGGCCAACGGCAGCCACAGCAACUCACCCACAGCCCUGAGCACGCCAGGACGCAUGGACGAGGCCGUGUGGCGGCCCUACUGACUGUCCAGGCCAACGAGGACUUCUCCUGCAAGAGGCAGGAGCCUCAGGAACCUUCCGGACAAGUGGCUGCCGCAGCUCCAAGGCUGCGGACAGGAAUGAGAUUUAGGCCCCAGGCCAGUCGUGGUGCUGGGGUCCAUAGGUCCUAGGGUCCAGAGCUGGCAUAGCUCUGAGAGCAUCUAGUCCGGCCACAUCUUUGUACAGAGGGGCUAGGACCUCCCCCAGGAUACCCAGCUCUUAGUCAUCUCACCCCACCUUCCUGUGGGAAGUGCAGCCCCCCCGCUCCCCUGGAAUGGCCUUCCCGUCCCCAGUGUGUCCAGGGCUGUCAUGGGGCCCAGGUCUCCUGGGACAGGGACCACCUCUGUGCCAGGGACAGCAGCAUUUGCCCCAGGUCUGGGCCUCUUGUCCACAGGCCUCCCCACUGCCUCACCACCCUCAGACCCUGUGCCUCGUGGGCCCAGGCCUGUCCCUGCAUUUACAUAAAUGGAGUCAGAACUGGAAAGCCCCCGCCUCCUCAGAGGGUUCCCCUCAUUGUAAAGAUGGGGCAGGGACCCAUGGAGAGGACCCAGGAAAUUGCUGGCAGAGAUGGGAUGAAAACACAGCCAAGCUGGUUCCCCCAGGCCUGUUUCCCUAUAAUCCCUGGCAGCUAAGAAGCCCCUGCCCCCAUCUCAGCUGCCUGUGGGUCCCAGGUGCCGGAGUAGAUUUGCCUGUAGCAGCAGGUCCCUGAAAGCAGGGGAAGCGCCUGCAGACUGGGCCCUUCCAUGCACUUUACCAGCGCAGGGCAGUCACCCUCUGUUCUCUCGGUGCGGGGCUGGAGUCCCCUUCCUCCUAGGCUGGUCUCAUAAUUUCCAUUUCUGGAGAAAGAGAGCACAGGGGCAGGAUAAGGUCCUAGCAGAAAGCACUGGGUGAGGGGUCAGUGGGUCAGACGUCAGCAUCCCUGACCCACCCAGGUCCAGCCAAGCUAUGCUCCACCCGCGGGCCCCAGGCUUCCUGGGAGGGUUCGGCCCAGUCUCCCAACCCCGACACACACCUCUCUAUCCUUAAUCAGCUGUGCUCCAAAAGCAGUCAGUCUGGAACCAAAACCAGUUUUUAAAGUUGAAUUUAGAAAAAGAAGCUGCAGUCAAACAUUUUCAAACACAAGGUUUCACAGGAGUGAGCAGCAAUGUCUGCCCACUGGCUCGGGUGCCUUCCAAGAGGGUUGAGGCUGGUAGGGUCUCAGUAUCUCCCUCCUCAGGAGGUCACGCUGUAUCAGGAGCUGCUCACCAGCCUCCACUGAGGCCCGACCCAGGAAAGCGCCAAGGGAAACACUGGGGAGAUGCUGGAAUCUCACCUCUGUGGCUCUUGAGCGUUUGUCCGGGGGGAUGUGUGGGUGUCCCAAUGGCUGGGCAGGUUGUGCGAAGCAGAGAGCCGUGGCUGCGUGCUGGCAGAACAGAAGGGCUGUAAAGGGUGGGCCAGCCUUGGCUCAGCCCCCUGUGCUUCAGGAUGAAGGAUCGCCCCUUCACAUUGCAGAUGGGAAUGCAGGUCUUUUCCAGGGCUCAGGUUGCGUGGAUUCUCCUGACUGAGUUCUUUAGUUCUAGAAAGGCUUAAGUGGCAAAGGACAAGAAAACUCUUAUAAGGGCUAGCCAGCAUGUGGUUUUUAGUAAUUGUUUCGGCCACGUCCUCUGUGGGUAUGGAAAUCUCCUACAAAAUGCUUCUUAGCGGUGGUUGUGUUUGUAAUGGCUCAUGGCCUGCUGUGCCAUCCCCAAUGUGGGACAACAGCUAGAUGCACCAGAUAGGAAAGAUUCUCUGGCAAGUCAGGAAGUCCUUCCCAUGAUCUUACUCAAACUCUUCCUGCUGCAGUUUCCCUUGUCCUGCCCUCACUGGAAAAAGCAGUCUCCAUCUCUUUAAAAUAGCUGCCGGGGGUGUCCUGCUGACUCCCUACACCCAGGGGGACUCUCCACCCCUUCUCAGGAAGCAGCUGCAAAUUCAUUGCCCUUGAACCUUCACUCCUGCUCUCUCUGGUUGUAGACUGGCCCUGGGCCAGCAUGAGAGGCACCUUCGGGUUCCCAGUGCCCAGCACUUUGCAGCCCUAUCCCAGAUUACUACCCCUUCCUGAUACCCAAACCUGGUGGGGACAGGGACAAGAAAUAAACUGACCCGUAUUUGCCCAUCCCUCCCCCACCCGCCAGGCUAAAAGUGAUGCCAUGCUGAGUCCAUUUCUAAAGCCUGUAGUGGGUACUGACAGCCUGGGCUGGUAAAAAUGGGCCCUUAUUUGCAAGGCUGCUUAAAAGUUGUACUAAGCAAACACUGAUUUAGAAAGCACAACAAAACUAGGGGUUUUGAUACAAUAAUACUGUAAGCCUGCUGGUGGUGGGUACAGAUCCUUUGUGACAUAUUGUCAUGCUGAGGUGUUAAUACCUGCUACUCUCAUAUCUGCCGUGAAACCAACCCAGAGCUGGGGAGAGGGUGGGACAGGGAGGGGCGGAAACUGCUUUGCACUAUAAUUUGCUUGAUGUGUUUGUUUUUAAUGCACAAAUUGCUUGUACAGUAAACUGUCUUCUGUACUAUUUAACUGUAAAAUGGAAUUUUGACUGAUUUGUUGCAAUAAUAUAACCCCCUUUUUUUUAAGGUGUGUUGAAGGAUCCCAGUGCCAGGCUUCUAAGGCUGUGUGCAUGGGGAGUGGAGGAGGGUGGAGACCUCGUCACUCCCGGCCCGCCCCCAUUACUGGGGAGGAAUUGGGGUGGGGCCUGGAGCAGGAACAGGACUAAAUUCACUGUUCAGGAAACCCUCAGCACCCUGCUCUCCCGUACCCAGGGCCAUCAGAAGGGCCACCAAGACCACCCGGUUCCAAAACAGGCUCCUGGUGUGGCUGGAACCCCAGAGGGACACCAGAGAGGUCUUCAGGGUGCCAUCAGACCUGCCUCCCUUCUCCAGUGGCCUGUGAUUUUGCACAAGUAAACAGGAAGCUGUGCGCCUACUCCAGCCUGUGCCCAAGACUCAGGGUUUGGGGAGGGGGCAGAGGCAGAGCAUAAAAUAGCCUUGAUGAGAAACCCCCCUCCCGCUGUCCCCGCCCUGGGUCUUGUGUUUGCUGAAACAGUGGUAAGUUAGCAACAGGCAAGACUACAAAGCAAGCAGCUGCUUCAGCUCCCUCGCUUUGCAGAUGAGGUGACUGAGGCGCAAAGAGGGGUGUCAUCUAGCUCCACACCUCCCACAGCGUUGUGGCUGAGCUGGGACCACAGCGUAAUGGGGGCUGUGUGUGUGAUGAUGUGAGGAUCGGGCUCGGCAACCUCCCAGCCUUGCCAACAAGGAGGCUGGGCCCAUACAGGGCACCAACACCCAGCCCAGUGCCUGGCCCACUGGGCCUGUUCCAUGGAAAUCGUGGAGGGGAAUUUUCAUGAAAACAGAACCGAUUUUCUAGUGAUGCCCACUUACUUCAAAAGCUAACCCCAAGACUCUGCCCUGUUCGGUUGGGUUGGUCUGCCUGAAAGCCAACACCCGGUAGGAAGUUCCCACUUCCCUAGCCUAAACCCUGGUCCCCCCUCUCCCAGCAUCCUCCCUGCCACGACUAUGCUGGCCAUGGCUGCAGAAUUCCUCUCUGGGUGGGCUCUGUGUGGCGUCAGCACGGGAUGGGCAGGGCCGGUCCUGAAGUACCAUGUGCACAGUCAGCACUCCACUUCUAUUUAACUUAUGUCUUUAUUUGGGGUCACUUUGUAGGGAGUGAUGGCGAUUAUCAGGGGGAGGGGGCAACAGUUCAUGCCUCUCCUCACCAGCCAUGCUUUGGUGCCACUGCUGAUGGGAGAGGAGCCAUGGCCUCUGUAGUCCCAGCAGCCACAGACUAGCACACGCAGCUCCUGGAAGGGAAAACCAAGGAGCAGAGAAGCCCUGGCUGCCUGGGUUCACACAGUGGUGGAAGGCUGUUGGGGGAAGGGCUGCAAUAACCACAGUGACCUGUAGGUGGCGACAGGGUUGGGCAUGGCUGGGCUGCUAGUGGAGAAUGAAGGACACCCCCCCUUCUCCCAAGAAGGGUGAGAAGGGGCUGCCUCAGUUGCAGUCAGAGGAAUGCAAGUUAGGUAUUAGGAAGAACCUCCUAACCUCAGGAGAAAAAACAAAAACCAAACCCAUUGCUGUGGAGUCGAGCGCCCAAUACUUAACCCCUACACCACCAGAGGGUCAGCCCCAAAAGAGCCUGGAAAAUGUCUUAGAGUGGAGAAAGCGUUUUUUUGUUUGGUUUUGUUUUUUUCCCCUUCUUUAGCUGUGUGGAAACUCUGGUGGCGCAGUGGUUAAGUGCUACAGCUGCUAACCAAAGGGUUGGGAGUUCAGAUCUGCCAGGUGCUCCUUGGAAACUCUUCAGGGCAGUUCUACUCUGUCCUGUAGGGUCACUAUGAGUCGAAAUCAACUCGACGGCACUGGGUUUGGUUUUUGGUUUUUAGCUGUGCGACUGUGGGAGGUUCUUGUCCCUCUCUGAGCCUCCCUUUUUAUUUAACAAAUACUGAAUGAGCACCUACUGUGUGCAGGUAUGUGGCAGAAUCACAGAUUCUGUGACCCCUAAAGG